AUGCCGCGCGAAACUCAUCUGGAGGCAACCAUUGGAAGGCCCCUUGCCAGCACCAUUUCAAAAGCUAAAGUGCUGAUGGUUGGCGCUGGAGGUAUUGGAUGCGAAUUAUUAAAAAACCUCGUUAUGAGUGGAUUUAAGGAGAUUGAAGUGGUUGACUUGGAUACUAUCGAUCUCUCAAAUUUGAACAGACAGUUUCUCUUUCAAAAACAGCAUAUCAAGAAGUCAAAGGCACAUAUCGCAAGAGCAUCAGCCUUAACAUUCAACCCAAACGUUAAUAUUGUCUCGCGUCAUCAAAACAUUAAAGACCAGGAGUUUUCUGUGGACUGGUUCAAGAGCUUUGACUUGGUUAUGAACGCACUGGACAAUCUGGAUGCACGGAGACAUGUCAAUAAAAUGUGCUUGGCGGCCAAUGUACCACUAGUCGAGUCAGGAACAGCAGGAUAUCUUGGUCAGGUCACUGUUAUUCAGAAGGAUGAGACAGAAUGCUUUGAUUGCCAGCCAAAAGAGACUCCAAAAACAUUCCCUGUAUGUACGAUCAGAAGCACACCAAGUACGCCUAUUCAUUGUAUUGUCUGGGCAAAGAGCUAUCUCUUCAACUUGCUCUUUGGAAAUGCUGAGGAUGAUGAUGAUGAAGUGCUUUCAAAAGAAGAUAGCAAUGAUGAUGAAACAGCAAAGGAGCUUGCAGCAUUGGCCGCAGAGUCGCAGGCGCUCAAAGCUAUUCUAGAGUCUGCUGGUACAGAAGGGUUCGCCCAACGUGUGUUUGAUAAAGUUUUUUAUACUGAUAUCCAACGCCUCAGGGGUAUGGAAGACAUGUGGAAGAACAGGAAGCCACCAAUCCCUUUAAAGUACGAUGAUGUUGUAAGUCAAUCCGAUAACCAGCCGACUCCCAUGGACAUAGAAACAGAGACAACCACAUUGAAGGACCAACGUGUAUGGACUCUUGCGGAAACAGCUCAAGUCUUCAGUGAUAGCUUGAAUAAACUGACUGCUAGAUUAAAGGAAAUGAGGGCGACAGAUCCGGAGGCAAGCGUGCACUUUGAUAAGGAUGAUCCAGAGGCCCUAGACUUUGUUACGGCGACAUCUAACCUUCGCGCGCAUGUCUAUGGAAUUGAAGAGAAGAGUCGGUUUCAAGUCAAAGCUAUGGCCGGAAACAUCAUCCCGGCUAUUGCUACUACGAACGCGAUCAUUGCAGGCAUGAUGGUAAUGUUAGCCUUCAAGAUCCUUAACAAGCGACUGGCUGAUUGCAAAACAAGCUACUUGGUAUAUGGGCGCCAUCGGCCACAGUUGAUUGUGUCUGAACCUUUAGCGAAGCCCAAUCCUAAAUGCUACAUUUGUAGAAAUUCUUAUAUUGUACUCAAGAUCGAUACUAGUAAGAGUACAGUUCAGGAUUUAAUUGAUCUCCUCGAAUCAAACUCUUUGGUAGAACUUGAGAUCCAAGAGAAUGGACGGGUUAUCUACGAUCCUGAUUUUGAUGACAAUGUGGCAAAGACACUAGAGAGCUUGCAAAUUACGGAUGGCAAGUUUGUGGAUAUCGUGGAUGAAGAAGACCGCAAAAUUAUUGUUUAUCUGAAGCAUAUGUAA